AAUCUGCAAUAUAUCGCGUGCAGCAUUGAGCAUCAACUUGCGGCUCCAUUUAGCCAAUAUUCUGGGGUGCUUGGGAACACCAUGGCCUCACCUCCAUCUUCCGUCACCAGACACUCGCUCGACCGAGACCUGAUGCGGCUGCUCACUCGCGCAAGAGCAUCAUGCGGCGCAUCUCCAUCGAUACCUUUGGGAUGAAGGGCGCGAAAGAUAGUGCAGCCUUCUACCCGAAGAGAAGGAGGAGCCCGUGGUAUCUGUCUCGUCCGAGGCUUCUCACGACACUUUUAUGCUUUUUAGUCUUAUACACAUGGCUGAACUUUGGCGGGCAUGAGAUUGUGAUACCGAGGGAUUCGUGGGACUUCGUAAGAGAUGGUUCGGUGACGGAUGUUAUGAAUGCCACGCUUGGAUUCCAAAAGAUCCUUGUGCUCAACCUUCCAUUCAGAACGGAUCGACGUGAUGCAAUGACGCUCUCUGCGGCAUCCUCCAACAUGCAACUUGAAUUUGUGGAUGGCGUCACCGGCGAUAGUAUCAAACAGAGCGCAUAUCCGCCUCCUCAAGAAAACAUCAAGCUCCUUCCAGGCAUUCGAGGAAGUUGGAGAACUCACAUGAACGCACUUCAGAGGGUCGUCGAGCAGAAUCUCACCACCGCUCUGAUCUUUGAAGACGAUGUAGACUGGGACGUUCGGAUCAGACAGAAUCUGCAACGCUUCGCACUCGCGUCACGGUUCCUCUCGGGAAACAAGGAAGUUCUAUCAUCAUCCCCACGAUACAACAUCGAGAACGUGGAGAAUGUCGAGACAGAAGAAACCACCUUCCGCAUUCUGAGUGACAACCACACCAUGCCCCAGCUGCCAUCCCUUCGCCUCGCCUCGUUGUACCGCAAAUCGCAUCACCCUCAGCACCACUCGAGCAGCCCAUACGGCGACCCCUCGCAAUGGGAUGUCUUAUGGAUUGGUCACUGCGGCGCAGGCUUCCCUCGUUACUCCCCACUCCACAAGAAAACGGACGUCACGACCGCCAAUGUGAUCCUCACCAACCCAAACGAUGAAACGGUUCCCGCGCCGCGCCACCUGAAAGCCCAUCCCUUUCAGGGUAGUCUCGAUCCCCUCGCCGACGCCUAUCCCCCGCAUACACGCAUCUAUCACCGAUCCACCGGCGGCGAACUCUGCACCGUCGCCUAUGCUGUUAGCCAGCGCGGCGCUCGGCGUCUGCUUCAUCAAUUCGGCGUCAAAGGCUGGAACGGCAUUUUCGACUCUGAGCUCGGGCGGUGGUGCGCAGGCGAGGAUCCGGAUAUGGGAGCGUCUUAUGCGCCACCUUCACCCUCUUCGAAGGAAGAGAUCAAGAAAGAUAGACGAGAGAGGAUCUGUUUGGCGAGCCAGCCGCCGAUCUUUGCGCACCACCACCCGAUGGACGGGGAGAGCGAUAUCGGCGGCUUGGGCGGCGGGUAUGCAACGAAGUUCGAGACGAAGUAUCUGCGCUACAGUGUGAGGAUGAAUCUGGAGAGGAUCAUCAUGGGGCGGAAGGAGAAGGACUUGGUAGAUCAGUGGCCGGACAAGGGCGCGCAUGCUGUGAGGUGAGGGACACGCGUGAGAGCCAGGUGGUUGUUUUCUAGGCGUACGCGGGAUAGUAGGUGUUACAGGAGCACCGUGUAGCUCACCUUUGCUGAUGGUUUUGCUCUAUGAGUGCUUCCC